GAGGCUCCGGCGCGCACCCGAACCGCGCUGCGCCCUCUCCGCCUGGGCCUUCGGGUUGGGAGAUGGUUCCUCAGUGGCGAUGAGCCCACCCGCCUAAGCGACACCAGAGGCGGCCCUCGGCGCACCAGCUGACCGCCCCCACCGGGUUUGACUUGCGCUGAUUUGGGCCUGCAUUCCAGGAUGGUUUGUUCUUGGGACCAGACCUGACCAGAAGUUGACCUCAUGAGUGCAUCAGCCCCUCCCGCUGCCAUGCUCCUCCGGAGGCUGAGACGGCUCUCCUGGGGCAGCACCACUGUCCAGCUCUUGAUCUUAACGGUGGUGACAUUCGGCUUGCUGGCCCCCCUAGCCUGUCACCGCCUUCUGCACUCUUACUUCUAUCUACGCCACUGGCACCUGAACCAAAUGAGUCAGGAGUUCCUGCAGCAAAGUUUGAAAGAAGGCGAAGCUGCCCUCCACUACUUUGAGGAGCUGCCGUCUGCCAAUGGCUCGGUGCCCAUCGUCUGGCAGGCCACCCCCCGCCCCUGGCUGGUCAUCACCAUCAUCACUGUCGACAGGCAGCCUGGCUUCCACUAUGUCUUGCAGGUGGUGUCCCAGUUUCACCGGCUUCUGCAGCAAUGUGGCCCCCAGUGCGAGGGGCACCAGCUCUUCCUGUGCAACGUGGAACGUAGCGUGAGCCAUUUUGACGCCAAGCUGCUGUCUAAGUAUGUCCCCGUGGCCAACCGCUAUGAGGGCACUGAGGAUGAUUAUGGUGAUGACCCUUCGACCAACUCGUUUGAGAAGGAGAAGCAGGACUAUGUCUAUUGCCUGGAGUCCUCCCUGCAGACCUAUAACCCAGAUUACGUCCUGAUGGUGGAAGACGACGCCGUUCCGGAAGAGCAGAUCUUCCCGGUCUUGGAGCACCUUCUGCGGGCUCGCUUCUCGGAGCCGCACCUCCGAGAUGCCCUUUAUCUGAAGCUCUACCAUCCCGAGAGGCUGCAGCACUACGUCAACCCAGAGCCCAUGCGGAUCCUGGAGUGGGUCGGCGUGGGCAUGUUGCUGGGGCCCUUGCUAACCUGGAUAUACAUGCGGUUUGCCAGCCGCCCCGGGUUCAGCUGGCCCGUCAUGCUCUUCUUCUCCCUGUAUAGCAUGGGUCUGGUGGAACUCGUGGGCCGACACUAUUUCCUGGAACUGCGGCGGCUGAGUCCUUCCCUGUACAGCGUAGUCCCUGCCUCCCAGUGUUGCACCCCAGCCAUGCUCUUCCCAGCCCCUGCGGCCCGCCGGACCCUCACCUACCUGUCCCAGGUGUAUUGCCACAAGGGCUUCGGCAAGGACAUGGCGCUCUACUCCCUGUUGAGGGCCAAGGGGGAGCGGGCCUAUGUGGUGGAGCCCAACCUCGUGAAGCAUAUUGGGCUCUUCUCCAGCCUUCGGUACAACUUUCAUCCCAGUCUGCUCUAGCGUGCCAGGAAAUGCCUUUCUGAACGUGGCCGCUUCUCGAUGAUUCCAAUAUCGAGUUCUUUAUUUGGACGUGGUUGCUUGCAGUUAUUAUGUUGUUUCAUGUUGUUAGGGAUCUAGGCACUGAGACGGCCGAGAACACACCUGUCAAGAAACUUGGCUUUGGUAGCUCUGGCUGGAGGGGUUGUUCGCCCCGGCGGGAGCCCUCUCCCUCCACAGAGCCACACUGCCUCCCCCAGGGGGCACUUCAGUACCAGAUGUAUUCUGCAGUCGUCCUCAGCUCUGCUUUGUGAAAGAGCUCGUAACUGCCAAAAAUAUUGUGCACAAAGAUAUGACCGUUUUAGGAUUUUAAGGGUAGAAUUUGGUGAAAGGCAAGAUACUUUCGAAUUGGUUUCUCUCUCACUGGGUAUGAGAACGGAUUUAUGUCUAGAAUAUAAGUCUGAAGAGGCAGGACCAUAUUGACAGGUUCCGUUUGUUUCUUUGACCUGGUGUAGUAAAGCCGGUCGGUAAAGGCUGUCACGGUGCCUGGCGACUUGGAGGCAGGCGAUCUCACUUCCCUUACGUGGUGUUUCUUUUCCUUUCAUCUGUAGUGUGCUGAUGGUCGGUAUUGUUAGUGAGAACUUUGAGACACAGCAAGGUCUGCAAGCGCCUUCUGGGUCAUCAAGGUCAGAUUGCUUAUGUUCAGUAGUGAUUUCAUAUUGAAUAUUUCCAUCAUAUUCUGAUUCUUUGAAAAUUGGACGUUGCAGAAUGAUGUAAAAUGGGUGAGCUCUUUACUAACAGCGUAGCCUUUUUCUGAAUUUUGCUGGCUGACUGUUCACCCUCAUUUGUUUCCCCUCCUUCUGGGUAUCGUGAUGUUAGAGAAGCAAAAGCAUAGACUGUGAAGUCGGAAGGGCCUGAAUUCUUAUUUCAGAUCUCUGCCAUGUCCCAGUGAUGUGCCCUUGGUCAAGGCAUGACCACUCUGAGUCUCAGUUUCUUCACCUAUAAAACAGGGAUGGUGAUACCUACCUUUGAAGGUUGCCUUGAAGAUUAAGAGACAGAAUGUUUGUAAAACACCCAGCAAGUGCUUAGCCCAUGGAAGGCACUUGCCAAAUACUAGUUAUUUUUCUUUUCUGUGAUAAGCUUAUAACACUCAAGUGUAUUUUCGAUGGAGAUAUUAGUGAUGUAGUUUCAAGUGUGCCGCAGGGUGUAGGGCUCCCACCCGGGGAGCAGCCAUUCUGGACCAAAUUGCUAGAAUGAAAUCUGACUUGUCAUUGUAAUUCGUGAAGGAGAUGUAGGCUGUCACGUGGCGCCAUCCCCAACCAAGCCAAAAAUAAUGGUUUGUUCCAACUGGAAAUGAUCUGAGACUCCUCUUGAACUUAUUCCAAGACGAGCGUCUGAAAACUACUCUCCUCCAAAGUGACACUUCAUUGUCCUUUGCCAAUAGUGAUCAAACCAGAGGCCAACAAGUUCCUUCGUGAAGCUGGAUGUCUACAUGGGAGUUGAAGCAUUGACGGGUCGUUUCAGCGCCAUGUUCGUUGGCUUUUUAAAUUUCCAGUGAGCUUCCAUCCGGAGAUCCCCUUGAGAGCACUGAGACAGUAGCUCACGGCGCCUGGAGUUCCACACCAUGCUUUGCAGGUGGACAAACUGAGGCCAAGGGAGGUGAAACAGCCUUCCCACGUUCGCCCGUCUGGACAGCGGCAGAGCUGGGGUGGGAACCUACUUCCCUUGACUUCCAGCUCCUGCCCUUUUCCCUUAACCACAUUCACUUUCUAAGUAUCUGUGUAGUCAAUGUCUCUUUUGUAGAAUCUGAUUGUCACCUGGACGGAACAAUGUCUCUGUAAGCUGCCAAGGUAGAAACUCUUUGUCCUGUUGGUCUUGGGGAACAAACAGGUCCAUGUGUGUGUUGUUACCGUGAGAUGUCAUGUGUCGCUCAGGAAUGUCCAAAGUGAACGGAGCUGCUGGCUGACGUGGCAGGAUGUUCAGAUGCCGCUGCUCCACUCAACCUCUCCCGGUCACUGGCUCAUCCCGUGUUCGGGAACAGAACCACCCCUGGCCUACACCUCAUUAGAGCCUGUUGCAGUAACAGUCGGAUCUCCUUGGGAAUGUUUUUUGCCCAGCAGCAGGAGAGUCACAUCCAAGCUAGCCAGGCAGAAGAUGGGGAAUCAUUGCUGGUUAUAUCUGUGCUCUUUCAGAUUCAGUGGUCUACUGCAUGCACAUAUCUCUUCCUUGACUUUUUCACCCAGGAUGGCAAAAGCUAUCCCGGUCUUGUCUAAUUUCUCCCCGUUUCCAUGAAGACGCCUUCCCCCAUAGAUCUUAACUAGAGCCUGCUGUCUUUGGACGUUUGCGGGAGAUGCAGGCUCAGUUCUGCUAUUUCAUUCCUGUCCUCUUCCAGAUCUCCCUCCCUCUUGUCCCUCGUUCCUAGAGUCCAGUUUUUGUAUGCUGUCUUUGAUCAGGACAGCUGACAGCUUUACACCAAAGCUGAAGUCUCAUUUAAUCCUAAGCGAGGGGGCUGGAGGAGAACUAAAGUCCCCUUUUCAUUACAAAGGACACUGGUCACCAGGAAGGUGAAGGUCUCUAACAGACCCUGCUCGCCCUUCAGGGUUUAAAUAAUUAUCAGGCCUAAGAAGUUCCCUAUUGUGACUGGGUAUAUUUGCAGAGACAUAUCAGUUCAAAUAAAAGCACCUGUUCCACUGAGGCAUCCUGAGAAGACUUUUGUCAUUCUCACUCAUUUCAAUGGAUGGAUUUUUCUUUUUUUUUUU